GGCUCCUGGAGUUCAAUCCCACCAAGUGCAAAGUCAUGAAGAUUGGGGAAGGGCAAAGAAGGCCGCAGACGGAGUACAGUCUAGGGGGUCAGAGACUACAAACCUCACUCAAGGAAAAAGAUCUUGGGGUGAGUAUAACACCAGGCACAUCUCCUGAAGCGCACAUCAACCAAAUAACUGCUGCAGCAUAUGGGCGCCUAGCAAACCUCAGAACAGCAUUCCGACAUCUUAAUAAGGAAUCGUUCAGGACCCUGUACACCGUAUACGUUAGGCCCAUAUUGGAGUAUGCGGCACCAGUCUGGAACCCACACCUAGCCAAGCACGUAAAGAAACUAGAGAAAGUGCAAAGGUUUGCAACAAGACUAGUCCCAGAGCUAAGAGGUAUGUCCUACGAGGAGAGGUUAAGGGAAAUCAACCUGACGACACUGGAGGACAGGAGAGAUAGGGGGGACAUGAUAACGACAUACAAAAUACUGAGAGGAAUUGACAAGGUGGACAAAGACAGGAUGUUCCAGAGAUUGGACACAGUAACAAGGGGACACAGUUGGAAGCUGAAGACACAGAUGAAUCACAGGGAUGUUAGGAAGUAUUUCUUCAGCCACAGAGUAGUCAGUAAGUGGAAUAGUUUGGGAAGCGAUGUAGUGGAGGCAGGAUCCAUACAUAGCUUUAAGCAGAGGUAUGAUAAAGCUCACGGCUCAGGGAGAGUGACCUAGUAGCGAUCAGUGAAGAGGCGGGGCCAGGAGCUCGGACUCGACCCCCGCAACCUCAACUAGGUGAGUACACACACACACACACGGGGCCAAGAGCGAGGACUCGACCCCUGCAACCACAAAUAGGUGAGUACAGGUUAAGGGAAAUCGACGACACUGGAGGACAGGAGGGAUAGAGUUAACAUAAUAACGACAUAUAAAAUACUGAGAGCACUCGACAAGAUGGACAGAGGCAGGAUGUUCCAGAGAUGGGACACAGCAACAUGGAGCCACAAUUGGAACUUGAAGACUCAGAUGAGUCACAGAGAUGUUAGGAAGUAUUUCUUCAGUCAUAGACUUGUCACAAAGUGUAAUAGUCUGGAAAGUGAUGUAGUGGAGGCAGGAUUCAUACAUAGCUUUAAGAAGAGGUAUGAUAAAGCUCCGGAGCAGGGAGAGUGACCUAGUAGCGACCAGUGAAGAGGCGGGCCAGGAGCUAUGAAUCGACCCCUGCAACCACAAUUAGACAACCAGAAACUGCUGCAGGGUCCACGAAGAGUUGUGAGACUGUGUAUGUGCGCUGUGCUGCUGCCCACGAUACUCAUCACCAUCCCUCUCUAUGUCCGCCUAGUACUCUACCCACCCGGGCACUACCCUAUGAUGCCCACUGACCAGCGUCUCCUUAGUAGACACGUCUCCGGCGUCUGGUGCCAGGCUCAGACUACACGCAUGAACGGCAGCUACAAUGCCUACGUCAGCCCUCGAGUUCCGAGUACCUCAGUUAACCGUUCCACCCACUGCAUGCUGCACUCCACUCUCCUACAGGAUGACAUCAAAGAGUACUGGGGUUUCCAUCUCCUUAAAGGAUCCAAGGUCACAAUUUCCGCGUGUGCCAGCACGGUAGGCGCACAGCUGAUGAUCUUGAGGGGCGUAGAGAACCUUCGGCGCUGCGCCUGGAUCGGUGAAGAAGACUCAGAAGAAGAAGUAGUGAUCCAGGAUGUGGAAGACCCAGCAGGAGAUAGUGACCCGGAGCUUCAUUCAAGCCUCAACGACCAGCAGCUGGUAGGCGUCUCCGAGGACCAGAGUCUAGGUAAUCAAGAUGGUGAGCACUAUCCAGGGCUCACGGAAGUGCUAAAUGAACUCCAACGUGCGGCAGGCGGCGCUCUAGAUACCGAACUGCAGACUAAUGAAACAGAUACGCCUAUUUUUAUUGAUCAGUCAGAAGAAAGGCGUAAGAAUUUGCGCAAGCUUCUUCGACAAGCUGUUAAAAUGAGCAAAAGCAAGAAAGAAAUCUUACAGAUUCUUCACUUAGUAGGACGGGAUGGGAAGAGGCAGCUUCCUAAGAGAAUCAAAUAUAUUUUGGGAAUUAAAUCAGAGGAGGUACUGCCCUUUUCACUAACUGAGACCUCUGGAGCUCUAGGAAGUGAAGAAAGAAUCCCUAACAAAACAGGUGAGGCGGAAACGUUAACAAAAAGAAACAUUCGGUCUGUGAAGGAGAACAUUGAAGAUUAUGAUGGUGCCUUCGAAAUAUUUGACGAGGGCGAAGACAUCGCCACUUCUAAACACAGCAGAAACAUGAUGAAACGCAAGCCAACAAAACCCACUGACUCGGUGGAAAAAAUGGUUGGAGGGCAGAUCUUUUUUCCCGAAGGACUAAAGUUCGAGCGAGGUAUGUUCAAUCAGACGACGAAACUAGAUGGCUCAAACGAAGAGGAAGUGUCAUCGUUCUCUAGCAGCGAGGAGGCCCUAGCCAGCUGUGAAGGUGUCAUCAUGACUCUUCCUCUCGUGGCUUACCGAAGCUGUAAUUACCGCUGGAUCGAGACUAACAAGGUCGUCUACGAUAUACCCGUCACCGGCACCUACUACUUCGUCUUCUCCAGCGAUAACGAGAUCUCUACCAACCAGCUCUUCUUCAACUUGACGAUCGACCGAGUAGUGUAUGACACCAGCGACUCCAGACAAGUGUGUACCAACACAACCAACUGUUUAAUACCACUGUCCUUCUGGUCGAACGAGCAGACACUGGUGGAGGUGCCGGAGGAGAACACCUGGGAUCAUUCCUACAUGCUAGAUACCAAAUGCGACCCCAGAGUGCCUGUCUACCUCACUUUCCUCAUCCUGGCUCCCCUCAUGAUACUCUUCUGUGCCUUUAACUAGGCACAACUGAGGCGAACAACAAUGCGCUGUACUCUAUGCUCAUGUUCGAUGUUUAACACUACCGACAAACUGUGCAUAUGUUCAACAGUGUAUACUGUAAAGUGUAGUAAUGCUCAGCACUGAAGACAAAUUGUACUCAUGUUCAACACUGUAAACAGAAUGUUGGAAUGCUCAGCAUUCUGAUCAAAGUGUACUUAUGCUCAACACUGUACAAUGAAGGCAGUAUACUUGUGCUCAAUACUGUACACAGUAGACAAAGUGUAGUAAUGUGCAAUACUGUAAACUGAGAGCGAAUUAUAGUGAUACUCUAUACUGCACAUAAUACUGUACCAUAAUAAGAGAGGAAAACGACCUUUGAAUAUUGAAUAAUGACUAAUAGAUGUACCAUACAAGGUCUGCGAGCUACAAAGUCGACAGAAUGCUAGGUUUCAACGAUACACGUUUCUAAUGUCCAAAAAUUAAAUAAAAGAAUUGAAUAUAUAUAUAUAAUAUAUAUAUAUAUAUAUAUAUAUAUAUAUAUAUAUAUAUAUAUAUAUAUAGUUAAAAAGACUCAAUUGAUUCAGUGGUCCAUCAAUCCUUGGAUCUCCUGCCCAGCGCUCUACUACUUCUCUUUGAUUAUAGAAAUAAUAAUAAUAAUAAUAAUAAUAAUAAUAAUAAUAAUAAUAAUAAUAAUAAUAAUAAUAAUAAUAAUAAUAAUGAUAAUAACAUUCAACACUGAAGAUGUUAGUUGGUUAACUGGGUUUAAAGGCCAUCAACUACACGAGGGUCAUUAAGGUUUCAUAUACAUACGUUAAUCACUAAAACAAGCAUUAAACUUAAACUCUCAGUGCAUAUACGUAUGUGUAUAUAUUUCGUGAAUGAAGGUCCAAUGUAAAUACAUAGUAUUAUUCAAUAUAAUAAUGGUACACAAGACAGAUAAGUAGAUAAACAAGUUAAUUAUCUACACAAUAAUAUUACUAAACAAUAAAGACUAUAUUCUCGCUAAAAAUUGAGAAAAUAUAUUGUAAUAAUACUGAACUUUACCAACAAGUCUUCUUUACAAUGUAUAUCUUUAAAACAUACGAAUAUAAUAGGUAUAUUUUUAUACUGAAGAAAAUAGUAACGUGUAUUAACAGAAGACGUUGACAGUGUUUUGUUUUGUCAAUAUUACUAAACUGUGGCAUAUUUAAAAGUAUUUUGAUGUUAAUGUAUAGGUGAACUGAGGCAUUAAUGACUUUAUACAGUUCUUAGGUGAACCUAGGUGAAUUGACGCAUUGAUGACCCUUAUACAAUCAUUAGGCUUGAAACCUAACUUACUUAAUUGAUGCUCAAUAGAAUUAUAGGGAAGAACUUGUGUGUGUGUGUGUGUGUGUGUGUGUGUGUGUGUGUGUGUGUGUGUGUGUGUGUGUGUGUGUGUGUGUGUGUGUGUGUGUGUGUGUGUGUGUGUGCGCGUGUGUGGCUAGUUACUGUUCUGCAAUUGUAAUUGUUCAGGACUUGAUCAGUUACUGUGAAGCUUUAAACCCGUGUGGUGGGCGCUGAGUGCUGCAGGCUCAAGCCUCUGACCGUCAAAUACGGUUGCACAGGACGACAAUACAGCUGAACCCUAUAGUAAAACUUCGAUAUUGUGCAGUGAGGCCCUAUAUUCUAAAGUGGACAGAGUGUAUACAAAAAUAGUACAGUAUGUACAAUAUAAUUAUAUUUUAAAGUGAGCAGCAUUAUAUCUAACCUGUGUUGACUUUGUUUCAGCUCUGCCUACUGAUUAAUGUAUUUACUGUAUUAUAUAAUGUAGCUUACACGAAUCACUACUGUGGGCAGAUCUCGGAAUACAAAACCUGCUUAGUAUUGGUUACUUGCGUUCAUAGACAAUAUUGCAUUAAUACAUUUAGUAAAUAAAAAAAAUAAGCGAAAUAUUAUUGUAUUUUGAGAGCACCAUUGUUAUGCGGAUCUCUUGUGUGUAUGCCUCAAGGCAGCAAAGCAGUGGUUCAUGCGGCAAGGGAUUAUGCUGGUAGGCUGCAUGACGAUAAAGCAGCAUUACAAUUAAAUUUCAAGAAUGCAUUUGAUUUACCGAAAAAAAUGUGGUAUUAAUAGCCGCUCGAACACACUUCCCUAGUCUCCUCACCUUCGUUUCAGCUGGACACAGCAAAGAGUAGAUGAAUAUGUUUGGGGAACAUGAAGUUACUUCGUCGAAAAAUGUUCAGCAGCGGAGUCCACCAGCACUAAGUCUCCUGUUGAUAGCGCCUAACAAAAUCACUUUGAGACCGACGAUGGCACACUGGCAGGUCUUGAUCAGGUGAAAACAUGGGUACAGGCUAUGGGGCUCAUCUUUAAUCCCUCCAAAUGUUAAGACAUCUCAGCCAACCAGUAUACAAUCGAUGUAGUGAGAUCCAUAGUACCAAGUGCCUCAACCAUUGCCUCCAUUUAUAUCACAAUGCUUGCAGCCCGUCUGGGAACUAAUGCCUCUGACGCAAUUCUCGAAUGCAAGCGGAAUGAUCUGAAAAGGACAGAAACAUGAACAGACCAUCUAAACGUCGAUGAUGUCAUGUACGUUCUCACAAAGUGCUUGAGCCUCCCCAGGCUACCAUUGAUCUUGAGAUGUUUACCCUCAUAUAACAACCUACGACUAAAUGAAUAUGUCAGUCUCCUAAAGUCAACAUUCAAAAAAGCAUUCAACUUUAUUCUGGAAGACGGGCAGUGGGAUCAAUCUACACUUUCAGUCAGACCAGGGAACAUAAGUGUCCGCAAGAUGUCAAAGAUAGCACUCAAUGCAUUCCUUUCUUCAUGUGUGACAUCCAGCGAAUUAGAAGCAACGAAUCUCCCUGAAUGCUUCAGUCACAACAGGGGAGAAUUAAUAACCCAAAUUUCAUUGAUGGGGCCAGGCAUUGGGAAAUUCUAACAGGCUCCUCAAUCAGACCAGUCUCUCCUACCAACUGCAAACAUUCGCAAAGGGAAAGCCCAGUAGUGGAGAAUAUAGCCUCAAUAAUGCUUAAGUGUGUUGAGGAAGGACUUAGUAGGUCUCCUCCAGGCAGUCAUUGGUCCUCAUACAGGAGAUUUUCUGUUGAAUGUCCCUAAUUCCUCCCUAGGCACACACCUCGAUCCUCAGACUAUUCAUACUAGUGUUGCUCCUCGCCUUGCCUCCCCUGUUCUCACAGAACACAGGUGUAUCACAUCCAGCGUGUUGGCAGAUUAAUUUGGAUGCCAUGAACUUGUUUGCUGUAGAUUAUAGGGAAAUAUCAUAAAGUAUGAAGAAGUCAACAUUAAGAGAAGCCUUGCAAGAGCUGGAAGUUCAGCAGUAACAGGGCUGCCUAAGCAACGCGAAUCUGAUGGCAGCCAAAAACCAUUAAGAUGCAUUACGUUGCCACUCUAGACAGAUGGCAAGUUGUUAGUGUGGGACUAGACAUGUGCAUCCAUAGUGGCAGCACCAAUACAGCAGAAAUAAAAAAGGUGUACCUGGCAGCUUCGUGGAACCCAAUUGUCUAGAAAAUACAGUGAACUUGUUCUUUAUUACAUGUUUAUUCCCAUAGGUUCAGAGACUCGGCUUGUGUUCGUAAAGAAGUUAGGCAGAAUACUUAUCAGGGAAACUGUGUAUCCCAGAGCAGAUAGUUUUCUGUGUCAGUGUCUGUGCUGCAUUUUAGAGGAAUUACGCCAGAUUGUACCUUGAAAUUAAGACGCAUGUGCAACAUUUGGGUAUCUUUAUUGUAGACGUUUCGCCAUCCAGUGGCUUUAUCAAUACAAAUUCCAGGAUAU